AUGUACCAACGAGGUUUCAGUUCCAGGAGACUUCGGGGAUACGAUUCAGUAAAGAGUCAAAAGAAAAACAAAUAUCCUGUGUUACGGGGAACCUACAACUUAAAAAAUGUUACUAUCAGCGACUGCGCUUCAACGUAUCAACCGGAUGAUGAAAAUCAUCAUGACGAUCACGAUCAAGAUGGUGAUGAAGAUGAUAUUGGUGGUGGUGAUGAUGAUGAUGGUGCUGAUGAUGAUGAUGAUGAUGAUGAUGAUGAUGAUGAUGAUGAUGAUGAUGAUGAUGAUGAU